ACCCGGAUGAGGCUGAGCUGGGGGGUCUGUAGCUGGAGCACCGGAGGAAGAGCAGGAUCAGCUGAACUACAGAAGAAAUUAAAUUAUUCUCCAGAACUUCAUCACCAACAACCAGGAUAUUUAACUAAGAGCAAUGUUAAUGCUGAAAGAGUUGAAGCACAAGCCGUCCUGAAGAAUCUCCAGAACACGCAGAAAUUGUUUGCUACAUUUAAAAGGCAAAUGAAGCAAAGUCCCAACAUGGAGAAACAUCAGCACUCUGUCAAGAGUUUUACUAAACAGAGUGAUCUCCACCAGCGCAUUCACACAGGAGAGAACCCAUAUCACUGCUCAGACUGUGGGAAGAGUUUUACUCAUCAGAGUAAAUUCAAAAUACACCAGCGCAUUCACACAGGAGAGAAACCGUAUCACUGCUCAGACUGUGGAAAGAGUUUUACUCAACAGAGUAAACUCAAAAUACAUCAGCGCAUUCACACAGGAGAAAAACCGUAUCACUGCUCAGACUGUGGGAAGAGUUUUACCGAACAGAGUGAUCUCACAAAACACCAGCGCAUUCACACAGGAGAGAAACCAUAUCACUGCUCAGACUGUGGAAAUAGUUUUACUCAACAGACUAAACUCAAAAUACAUCAGCGCAUUCACACAGGAGAGAAACCGUAUCACUGCUCAGACUGUGGGAAGAGUUUUACUAAACAGAGUAAUCUCAAAAUACAUCAGCGCAUUCACACAGGAGAGAAACCGUAUCACUGCUCAGAUUGUGGGAAGAGUUUUACUCAACAGAGUAAUCUCAAAAUACAUCAGCGCAUUCACACAGGAGAGAAACCGUACUCCUGCUCAGACUGUGGCACAAGUUUUAAUCAUCAGAAUACUCUCACACUGCAUCAGCGCAUUCACACAGGAGAGAAACCGUAUUACUGCUCAGACUGUGGAAAGAGUUUUACUUCACAGAGUGAUCUCAUAAAACACCAGCGCAUUCACACAGGAGAGAAACCGUAUUACUGCUCAGACUGUGGGAAGAGUUUUAAUCGACAGGGUACUCUUCAAAUUCACCAGCGCAUUCACACAGGAGAUAAACCAUAUUACUGCUCAGACUGUGGGAGGAGUUUUACUCAACAGAGUAAUCUCAAAAUACACCAGCGCAUUCACACAGGAGAGAAAAUUAUCCCAAAUUUGUCCCACGACAAGUCAAAGUGCAAAUCGUAAAUCUUUCGGACAGAACACCUUAUCCUACACGAAUGUUUCACUUUGUCGAGUGGGACAAAGGAUUUUACAGAUUCAGCAAAAUUAUUCUUAUCCAGCGAUUAUGUUCAUUGAAUUUAAUGUUAUGUUUUCUUGUAUGUUUGAUAUUCCAGAACAUUUUUUGUGAGACAGAGCUCAGUUUUUAGGCUAGUUACGGUAGGAGUUCAGUUUUGAAGAAGGGAAGGUAGUUCGAGUGAGGGCACUGCCAGUGCUUGCACCAAAUGUUAGAUUAGCAUAACUUAGUCUUUAAAAUUUAAAUGUUGUAGUUGUUGUUAGUAGGGGCAGCACGGUGGCGCAGUGGGUAGCACUUCUGCCUCACAGCAAGACUGCCUGGGUUUGAUUCCCGGCUGGGGCGACCCGGGUCUUUCGUGUGGAGUUUGCGUGUCUGUGUGGGUUUCCUUUGGGUGCUCCGGUUUCCUCCCACAGUCGAAAGACGGCACGUUCAGGCUAAUUGGAUGUCAGAUACAAAUUGCCCCCUAGGUGUCUGUGUCUUUCUGUGUCUGUUUGCCCUGCGAUGGAUUGGCGCCCUGUCCAGGGUGUAUCCUGCCUUCCGCCCGAUGCCGGCUGCACCCCCCCCACGACCCUUAAUGGAUAAAGCGGUUGUUAAUGACUUGACUUGACUAGUUGUUAGGAGUAAAGUAGGAUUCUUAGCCUGCAACUAUGCGUUUGGGAUCAAACCUUCAGCGCUUAUGAUUAGCUUCAACCCCCAGAACACUCUAAAAGCCUUGGAAUAAUCUUUUUCAAACAGCCUUAAAUUUCAAAAUGACAUUUCCUGACUAUUUCUUCACUCAGCCUCGCUCAAGAGCCCUAAAUGCAAGUUUAGGGUAAACAUUUUUUAAUUCUUUUGACAUUCCUUUAGACGCUGUCAGUCGUAAACCUGGAUUUAGGACCGUUAAUGUUUAAACAUCUGGAACUGUGCACAAUUGUGGUUUUGCCAACAGCACCAUCACCAGGACAAGGACAGGACUGCCGUACUUGAGAGAGUGUUCAAGACUUAAUGAAUGCAUUGGAAAUUGUAAAUUCACCAAAUAUCAUACCAAUUAAGGGGUUUGUGCUUAGUUAUUUCUGCAAUCACUUAGAAAUAAGAUUCAUAAAGUUAGGAGAAAUGUUCUAAGCUUGGAAUUCCAUUUUUAACAUUGCAGACCACAAGUCAGUGGGCUGAUAAGCGACUCUUUUUUAACCAACCUCUCCCACGGUCGUAAAUUCCGGUCAGCAGCUUUGUCUAAACAUUCACUGCAGAGGGAAUGUAAUUUUUCACUAAGAAUUACUUAAAAUAUAGAUUGACUAUAUAAAAAAAGGUGUUUUUACAGAUAUUUACCAAAUGCCACUUCUGGUAUAUGUGUUUGGAUAUGUCCUGAUUAAAUUUUCCUAUUGAAGUCUGAAUCAGCAAGAUUUAACUAGCAUUUGAUAAUUUAGCUAUAUUUGGUUAUUAGUGGUUUAACCAUGUUGUAUCUUUUAAGUGAUUUAAUUGGGUUUAAAUAAUAACAUGACUCUUGAUCUCUUUUUGACAAGGUACCAUCCAUUGUUGUAUUUCUAAGAUUAUCUUGUAAUUGUAAGAUUGUUGUUUCCUGAAUUUAUCCUCACAAACUGGUAUGCUGAAGACUGUAUUUUGAUCCACUGUUUAAUUGAGUUUUCUUUUGGUUUGGUCUAUUAGUAAAAUAAAAAAAUCUCUCACUAGCUGAA